CAGGUUUCCACAUAAACCACCCAAAAGUCUUGAUAUUCUGGUACAAAUGUGGCUUUUUUUUUCAAUUAAAGUGACUUCUUUUGAAUGACGGAAUAUUCAUCUCAUGACCGCGCGUCAUCUAGCCCCCCACCCCCUCCCUCACGCACACUCGAUGCAGCUGUGAGCAAUCCCACCCCGAACCUCUGCGUGCGUAAAAGUUUGGCGCAGGUUUUACGCAAAGCGGUCGGCUGGGCAGAACGCGCGCUCGCGUACUGCAGAACCGAUGAAUGAACUUCAGCUUGAUAAUGGAUUAACCUAUUAAGCAAAAAAAAAAAAGGCACGCUGUGAACUCCAGAUGUCAUUGUGUUGGAAGAAAACACCCACCCACGACGAGUGAGUCAGUUCCAAAGUAGCUGAAGAAGAGCGCGCCGGUGCGGACGAGGUGAUCCUUCCUUGGUGCUUAAAAAGCUCCUUUCCUGCUGCUGGGUUUAUGGGGAAGAGAAGAGCGGAGCUCACCUCGUCAAAAAGACUGAUGGUUAUUGCGCCUGGCGCGGGCACCAGAUAUGGAUAACGCACGGAAAAGCUCUUGAUGCCGGUGCGCAUCGUCACAAGGUGCGAAAAAACAGACAAAAAAACCCGGGGUUGUCCUGAAGAAGCAGGAAAGCUCUGAAUUUUAGCGCUUCUUUCAAAGCAUUACAUUCCAGACUGAGAACUUUCCUUUACGGGGAACACGGAGGUGGAAAAACAUGCGUCAAGGCACUGCAAGAUUUCAAAUGCUGUUCGUGCUUUGGUCGAUCCUUUUCGUCGGUCUGGGUGUAGGAUUCCCAACCAGACGCAAGAACAUUGCGCACAAAGCUCACAGCCACUCCCUUCAUGGUGGCGAUGUCCAGUUGGGACCGGAGGCUUUGGAGCAGCAGAACCAGGUUCAGAGUCUUGAUCCUGAGCCUCACGGCCAGCAGAGAAGGUGGUCCCACCCACAGCACCGCUCCGUCAGCGUUCUUCCUCAGCCCCAACCCGAGGAGGACGCCAACCCCUUCGUCUUCGACAUAAACAACUUCCCGGACCUCGCUAAUGCGGACAUAAGCCUGCAGAACCCCAACAUACAGGUAAGCAUAGAGGUGGUGGAUGACCCCCAGAUGGAGGUGGAGAUGGACCUGGCCAAUGACAAAGACUGGCUGCCUCCCUCCUCCCCGUCAUCCACCGUCGAUUGGAUCGGAGGUCAGAAGCUCUUCUGGCCGCUCUUUUGGAGUUACACCGAUUCCAACGAGGACACCAGCAGCCGCUCGGAGGCAACCGGGGAAGAAGACGGCGAGGAGGAUUACUCCAUAGAUUAUGGCAGUGAGGAGCCCUUACCCAGUGGGGUGGGUGGAGACUGGGAUGCUCACUGGAACGAAGGCUGGGAUCCAGUGCAGAGCUACUACGAGAAGGACUCGGAUGAGUGGACUCCCUGGUCUCCCUGCUCAGUGACUUGUGGACACGGUGAGAAGAAGAGGACCAAGUCCUGCGGUUACUCCUGCACUCUGACCGAAGCUUCCCAGUGUGACCUGGACCCCUGUCCAGGCGAUGUCAACGCCGUUGUGGAACCUUUUCCUUUCGAGAUGGAGAACGGCACAGAGCCUUUUGGAACAGAUGUGGACAGCUGUGAAAAGUGGCUCAACUGCAAGAGCGACUUCCUGCAGAGAUACCUCCAUCAGGUCAUGUCCGAGCUUCCCAGUUGCCCCUGCUCCUUCCCAUUCGAAGUGGCGUACACCGUGGUCAGUGUCUACGACGAAAUCCGCGGUCGGCCCUUCCGCUGGCGUGAUGCCAGCGGCCCUAAGGAGCGUCUGGACGUCUACAAGCCUUCGGCCCGAAACUGCAUCCGCUCCGCGCUCUCCAGCGACUCGUCCACCCUGGCAGCGCAGCAGUGCUGCUACGAUGACCGCGGGCGGCUGAUCACGCGCGGGAAAGGUGCGGGCACGCCCAACCUAAUCAGCACGGAGUUUUCUCAAGAGCUGCACUUCAAAGUCGACAUGCUGCCCUGGAUCCUGUGCAAAGGGGACUGGAGCCGCUUCCAUGCCGUGCGGCCUCCAAAUAACGGACUGCACUGCCAAGAAAACCCCCACGAAGAUGUUUUCAUGAAUGAACUGGAAGAAGCCAGGGAGUACUGAGGGACGAGAGCCAAAACUACCAACAUCCUCAGAGUCAAAGGCUCCAAUCCUAAUUUGAGAAGGGACAGCCUGCCUUGAUAUUGUGAAAUAUAACCCCAAGCCACCUUUCAAUAAAAAAAAGGCAGGGUUGGAAAGAUUGUUCAGAUUUUAACUUACAGCCUCAAUAAUAUACAAAAACAAGAGAGGAAAAAAAUAAAGAUGAAGGAAAUUUGUUUAUUCACACGUCUGGCAUCUCAUCAAACUUUAUUUUCACAGUCAGCUGCGCUUUUGGAGCCUGUAAGAAUGUCCACAUACUGGCUUCUUCUCCUUCCUCAUGUAAGGCAGAAGUUAAGAUUAAAAUGACAGGAAUUUGAGUUAAAUCUCACACAUUUGAGGCUUUAGGAAAAGAAACAGAACGUCAGAAGAUCAAUAAAGCUGCUACAUGUUUCACUGGGAUGCACAUUUUAGUCGCCUUCAAAUUCUUAGACAAUCUGGGUUCUGGAGGAAGCUCCGCUCAUAGGAUCGUCCAGAGUUUUGUCAUCCAGAUUGGUUUCAUCAGGAAAACCUUUGAUCUGAAAGAUAAAAACCUGUUUUAAAUCCACCAAGCGAAGACGUUCUACAGUGGUGGCAUUGUUACAUUCUUCUCAGGGGAACAAAUUGUCGUUUCUUUUAUUACCUCGCCACUGAAGAUCUUUCAGGAUGUUGUAGAAAGAGGGUGGAGGCAUCACAUGUUGCGUGAUCGCUACAGACGGAUUUAGGAUUCGUCCCCCAUCUUUUUAUUUUUAUUUUUAGGAUCUCUGCCUCCAGAUGCUUAUUUUGGAAUCCAUGAUCAUAAAGGAAGGCACUUUAUUUUCCCACUAAAGUGUUUUGUGAAGGGAAAUGCUGCAUUGUUGCAUGAAGGUGCAUAAAGAGAAGCAUGCUACAUUUGUGAUUUCUGAAACUCGUAUUGCAUAUGUAAUGUUGUACAGUAUUUAUUUGUUAUUCUUUUUUUUAAAAGUUUGAAUUGACACUUAACAUGGUGCACUAAUGGACUGAAAAAUGAAGGCACCCAUUUACAAAGGGAAAACUUCACGCAACAAAAAUAUAGUUUUAUUCUGUGUUGAAUCUGUAAUAAGAAUUAGAAAUAUACAAAUACAUAUAUAUAUAUAUAUAUAUAUAUAUAAACAUUGCAUUCAUUAA